AAAGAUCAGCAUUCCCAAGCUGAGCGACCACCGACGAUCGUGGUUCAAGGAAUCCAGGAACACAGCCGAUCACAGAUCAAAAUCCAGGCACGCGCUGCAACACGACGGCGGGAGGACGGCGGCAUAUGCGGCCUGCCCAUAGUCGGUCGACAUUCCCACCAAUGCGGCCCCGAUCGCCGCAUUGACUCUCCAGGGCAUGCCUUAUCUCGCCCUCUUCAGCGCAGUGACGCUUCAUCCCUCCCGUCCACCCCAUCGUCGAAUGCACCUCCGCUUUGCCCACAGGCGGGUGGCGUCCUCAUGGCGUUCCAGCCAUGCGUCGGUCCUCCAGUUUAGCUCGAUGUCCCUCGAAUGCGACUGGGCGAUGCCGAGGUGCGUCGAAGAUGUUCGAACGUGUUGCGCUACAGCACCCCAGUGGAUCUCUCUCACACGAACGGAAAUAUUGCCUCCCAUCGCGAAAAGUGAUAUAAGAGUCCACAUCUGCAUUCCAGAUCGAUCCCUUCUCUCCUUCCCGUCAGAGUUCCCAGACAAGCAACACUUCAAUCUCAAGCAACUCCCAACCGACACUUCUCCCUUUCUUCCAACCUCAACCUCCAAAAACUCCCACCGACCGUCAACAUGUACGUCAAGUCCGUCAUCGUCGCCGCCCUCGCGGCCUUCACCGUCAGCGUCGCCGCCGCCCCCGAGGCCGAGCCCGACUUCCCGAUCACCAUCCCGGGCUUCUUGACCUUCACCAUCCCCUUCCCCACCUUCCCGGCCCCGACCAAGAAGACCACCACCACCACCGCCAAGACCACCGCCGUCCCGACCACCAAGACCACCGCGGCCCCGACCACCGUCAAGACCACCCCUGCCGCCUCGACCCCGGUCAAGACCACCCUCGCCACCGUCACCUCCAAGGUCUCGGCCUCGGCCUCCAAACCCGUCGCCUCGGCCUCCUCCAAGCUCCGCCGCCGCCUGUAGAUCGUUUCGGGUUGUCCCUUACCCUCGUCAUGAACGAGGAGAGGGGAGCCUGACCUGAUCCGAGCGCGCCUUCUGCUUUUUGUUCUUUUCUCCCUCACAACAUCAUCGACCCUUGGCUCUUCGAUCCCCCCGAUCCUCGGACCGCACGGCCGUCCUCCGAUCACCGAAGCGCAAUCCUCGCG